UACCGAUAAGAGAUAUUCGCCAAGAAGUAGGACUUGUCAUAGAGCCUGCCUCAAAAUGCGGUAUUUUUAUUUGGAGUCUAUACGUACUCCAAUUGACAAUUCAAGGGCUGUGCUGACAUGAGUGCUGUCGAGUGUCGUAUAAGGCAUCUUAAAAAGUCAGGCUCCCCUUCAUUCAUGGAGAAGCACAUUUACACAUUUACUUAAUCAGGACUCAUACUACGCAUACGCCGUUCUUUUCAGCAGGGUGAGACUUCGUAUAGUGAGCAGAAAUAAAGAAGUAUAAAGUCUUGUCUGUUUUAGUCUAUCAAAAGGAAGAGCCCUCCUAUUAUCCUUUUACAUAUAUACAACAAAAUACUCGAAUUAGGUACCUAACCUACAUCCUAUGGAGGCUGGCAAUCAAAGACAACCUACUUCCACAGGCGACAAUUCCGGGGGUCCUUGGAUUAGAUACUGCGUGGAGUAUCGAAAUCGCAACACCAAUGAAUUAAUCAGCCGGCAUGAUACCAAAGCCCACGACCUCGAUACUAAUGGUGCUGCUCGUGGUGGUCUAGCCUUCGCUGUAGUCACGACGUUCAAGGUAACACCAACAACUUCAACUACCAUCUCCGAGACGCAACCAUCUCAUUCAUCUCCUCCAAUAUAUUCUCUACAUCUGUAUUCUCAGGCUAUAAUCAAUGCCCUCCAAACCGUAGUACAAUACUACCCAUCUCAAGAUCUGACAGGUAACAUCGAAAUAAAGUGGCCGUACCCAAUCCUGGUCCAUCAUUACGACGAACUGGAGAAAUUUCGCCAAGAAAUUGCUCUUAAGAAUGAGACCGAGCUCUGCGUUAGAGAGAAGUGGGCCUACGAGCACAUAGGCCUGCUUCUCGAGUUCCUCGACCAUAAUAUCAUGGAAGAAGUAAGAGCUGAAAGAGAGAGAAACAGAAAAGGAUUCCACACGUUCGAAUUUGCCUGGGUAGGCCUGAAACCAGGCAGUACAGUACUUACACAGUACAACACAAGUACUGACCAAAAUCCCGGAGUAAUACAUUCCAUUUCGGGUGGCGUGUUCGAAACCCCUCGAACUGCUUGGGUAGUUAAAUUCUGGUAUAUGCAGUACGAUGGUUAUUAUUUAGGGAGGGUCGUGGAUUCCUACGAAAUGGAUGUUUUUGACGGACAAAUCGAGUUCAAAGCCUUGGAGGUCGACAAUCUUGAUGGAGAGAAUCUUGAACCCGACGUUGAAGCCCAGUUGAACUACGGCAAGACUUACUGGAACCUAUUAAGGAAGCAGUGCAGACAAUACAACGGAAAAACUCAAAGUUUUCCAUAUAAUGAGGUCAAUGGUUUAGUGAUGGUCGACCUCAAAAGCUACUACGAGAGGUACCAGGGUGAAGUAAAACUCAUGGAUAACAACGACUGUCGCAACUGGAAUUCGGAUUGCAAAUGCCCAAGUUGCAAGAAUAAAAAUACUGACAAGGAGAAGAAGAUAUUAGCCCUCUUUGAUGAUUACAAUAUGAUCGGAAUUGAGACAACAGAAACACUGACAUCUCAUCAAUAUUUUCUUUGCAGUUACGAAAUAAAGGCAUUCGUCUUUAGGACCCGUUCCUGGGAAUCCUUACACACGCGCCAUUUCUCCGAGCCGCAGUUUGACGAGGAUCUGAUAAACCAUCUUGUCAUGGAACAGCGUAGGAAACAAAUGUUGAAGUCAUUGGCGAAGAGCUUUGCUCGUGUAAAUAAGCACGGAGAUGCCUUAACUAACGAUCCGUGGGCAGCCGACUUCGUAAAAGGAAAGGGGCAUGGUAUCAUCUUUCUAUUACAUGGUCGGCCAGGAGUUGGCAAGACGUGUACCGCUGAAUGCAUUGCAGCCUUCACAAGGCGCCCUUUGAUGGUCUUAACAUCUAGUGAUAUAGGCACCAAUCCAGAAGUCGUUGAAGCAAAUUUGACAAUGCAUUUCAAGAGAGCAAGAAGUUGGGGGGCUGUCCUUCUCAUCGACGAAGCUGACGUUUUCAUGGAACGUCGCUCAACAGCGGACCUUGUUCGGAACAGCUUAGUCGCGGGGUUCCUUCGAGCUCUCGAGUUCUACGACGGCAUAUUAUUCCUCACUACGAAUAGGGUUGGCUCGUUUGAUGACGCCUUUAUCUCGCGCGUACAUCUACAAUUGUAUUAUUCCGACUUCGACGAUGACCAGAGGCGGCAGGUCUGGCAGACCUUUAUUGACAAACUUGCUAAAGAGCGAGGUGACUGUAUGCGGCUCAACGUCGAUGCAAAGGACUAUAUCAGGGGAGCCGAGAUUAAAGCUCUUAAAUGGAACGGGCGAGAAAUCAGAAACGCGUUCCAAACCGCUGUAUCAUUGGCGGAGUAUGACGCCGAAAAGGGUGAGGAUGGGAAAAUCAUGAUCACAGACGAGCAUCUGAGAGCAGUCGUUGAGCUCUCCAAAGAUUUCAAAAAUUACCUCAACGAGCUUCAUAGAGGCGACGAAGGGAAACGGGCGGAGCGUCAUUUCGAACGUUUGGAUUCGUAUGAUGGGAUAUAGGCCUAAGGAUCUGAUUUGAUUGACUUCCGACAAUUUUCUUCUAAAAAACUGAAUCAAGAAAUACUUCAAAAUAUUUUUUUAAUUCAUACGCGAUCUAUAUUCCUCGCCCUUUCCCAUAUAAAAGGGGUAUACCCCUGACAUUUUAAUAUCUCCACCGUCUGAUGUGAGUAUGAGGCUGCGGACUUCUUAUACGUCUAGAUAAUUACAUCU